AUGCCGAAAAAGAAAACGGGCCAACGGAAGAAGGCCGAGAAGCAGAAGCUUCGCCAGAAAGAGAUCCGAACGGCCAAAGGUAACGUCGAAUUGGCCGAGCACCCUUGCAACGUAUCCAUGGAAUGCGAUAGAUGCCACAGGAAACAGAAAAACCGAGCCUUCUGCUACUUCUGCCAAACGGUCCAGCGACUCCCGACGUGCGCCCAAUGCGGCAAGAUCAAAUGCAUGCUGAAAACCGGCGACUGCGUCAUCAGACACCCCGGCGUCUACACCACCGGAAUGGGCAUGGUCGGCGCCAUCUGCGACUUCUGCGAAGCCUGGGUGUGCCACGGCAGGAAGUGCCUGCAGACGCACGCGUGCUCCUGUCCCCUGCAGGAGGCCGUCUGCGCGGAAUGCGAACGCGGCGUCUGGGACCACGGCGGCCGGAUAUUCCGCUGUUCGUUCUGCAACAAUUUCCUCUGCGAGGACGAUCAAUUCGAACACCAGGCCUCCUGCCAGGUGCUCGAGGCCGAGAACUACAAGUGCCAAUCGUGCAAUAAAUUGGGUCAAUAUUCCUGUCUGCGAUGCAAGACGUGCUACUGCGAAGAUCACGUGCGAAGGAAGGGCUUCAAAUACGAGAAGAACAAGGGAAUACCUUGUCCUAAAUGCGGUUACGAGACGUCGCAAACGAAAGACUUGAGCAUGUCUACUCGUAGUCACAAAUUCGGCAGGCAAGGACAAGCCGGCGCGUACGAUGAUGAUAACUACGAUGACGACGAUGAUGAUCGAGCCCAAUCCAGUUAUUAUGCUUACGAUGACGAGGACGAUGACGAGGAGGACGACGAUGAUUACGAGGACGAUGAUGAAGACGACGAGGAUGAGGAUGAUGAUGAUGGCGAGGAGGACGAUGAGGAUGGCAAGAAGAUCGUUUAG